AUGCUCUCGGAACCUGUUCUCCCACCGUUAGAGGGCUAUCCGGAUGUCCACGAGUUUGAUGAGUUGAUGAAGCGCUAUGUUCAGGAUCUCUCGCCCAAGAAGCAGGACAAGGCCCUCAUUCACGCGCGUCGGGCGGCCAAUAUCAAACACGUACUCAUCGACAAGAAGACAACUGCGAUCGAGUCAGCACAGUUCAGAUUUUGGGUGAAGAAGAUGUUUACAUUGCAACCCAACGACAGCAAAGUUCCAGAGCAUCUAAGAAAGAUUUGCCAUGAAGGAAAACCCGUGGCGGUGCGAGAAAAGUUAUUCAAAAUUCUGACCAAAGCACACAAACAGUGCCAGCACGGCGGCAGGGACAAAACCUCUGCACAGGUCAGAAAAGUGUACUCGUGGGUUCCCAAAGAACUCAUCUCAAGAUUCGUCAAGUUGUGUCCGACAUGCCAGGUCAGACGCGGAGCGAGCCGAAACUCGCCUCCUGAUUCAGUAAAAAGCCCUGAGACGAAUACGGAAGCACUUUCACCAGAGGCGUUAUCAGUGGCCGGAUCAAGGAAGGGCUCUACCGCCAAUAGGCAGGCGACCGUAAAUGCGUGCAUGCCCCUGCAGACAGCGGGUUUCAAAACCAGCUCGACUUUCCAGCAACAGAACCGCUGGAUGACGCCGCUGCAGUCUCACUCAGAGACCAACCACAUCUCUCCGGCACUGAAGCAUGGCCAUCUGAACCAUCGCGACUCCUACAAUACCGGCCCGGCCAUCUCUUUGAACUGUACCAACAGCACACCACCGGGUCUGGGCUUUCCGUCUGUCAAUAACUUCGGAAAUGCAACGGGAACUUCGGCUGCAUAUAAUCCAUCCUCGCUGCCACAAUCUGUGCAUGGCAAUGUACCAACAGAAUCCGCAUAUGGAAUCAAGGUUGAACAUUAUAUUUGA